AAUUAGUAACAGCCAGAAGUGUGGAGGAAAUUGCCAUGGAUCUCACGGAGCACGGGGGAGCGAAAAUCAACAGACUGGGAGACGCAGGCCUGAACAAAACCUUAAUCACAGCCAGCAAUGGCAGCCUGGUGUCUACAGGUUCUGCAGACUCUGAAAUGAGUGAAGAACAGAAGAAAGAGAAACUCUCUGAUCUAAGGAAAAAAGAGCAGGAGAUCCAAGAUAUUCUGUCCAAGAAAACAAAAGAACUGAAGAAGAUUUGCUUGAGAGAGGCGGAGAUCACUGGCAAGCUGCCGAAGGAGUAUCCCCUCUCUUCAGGAGAAAGACCGCCACAGGUCAGACGGCGAGUUGGCACUGCUUUCAAAUUGGAUGACCUGUUCCCCUACAAUGAGGAUCCCAUCCUGAGGAACCUGGAGAGCAGAUUUGCGCUGCAGCAGAAGAUUGUGGAGGCGGCCAAGAAGCUCGCAAAUGAAGGAGAACUGUGCAAAACUGUGAAGAAGAAGAGGAGAAGAAACUGUUUGGAUGCCAUGCACAAAUUGCAGCAGAUUGAGGAUGAGAUGAACCAGUACCGCAUCAAGAAGGGGAAAAAGCCCACGCAGCGGGCCUCGGUGAUCAUUGCAGAUGAACUCGUCCGUUCAGACUGCAGCUCGCUGGCUAGUCUCCCGCUGGAUGAUGAUGACUUGGAUGGUGUCAGUCAGAGGCCACGCUCGCGGUCCGUCCAGGGUUCCCCUCAGCUCAGUCCGAUGCGAUCGCUGGGAAUAGAAUAUGAUGUAGAUAGACGUGGAUCUCCGAGGGAAAAUCAUCUAAACAAGAACCACAGCAGACUAGCUUUUGAAGGCCAGGAUGCUUCCCACUACCACCAGAAUCCAAGAGAGGUCUCCUCCACCCACAGUAGUCCCUAUAAAACCCUUCCCAGACCUCUUAGAGAUCCACGCAGCAUGCCUCCCACCCCGGUUAUGACCCGCAAUGCCUACAGCAGCAGCCAGCUCAGGUCCGAGGGGUCUCCUCAUUGCUUCAGGCAUCGAAGCGGGAGUCUGGAGUCGCAGCCUCGGCUAAAAAAAGAUUCUGACUCAGAGAAGCCAGUUUUUAUCUUGUCACCUUCCCACCGCAGCAACAGCACAGAGGUGUUGGAGGAUUGUUCGUCCUACACCAGCCAGUCCAGCCUGGACUACUGCGGGGCGCCCAACUCCCACUACAGUACGCUAGACUCCCGAACCUCAACCAUGCAUCGUCUCCACAGGAAGGUGGAGGUGUAUGGAAACACCGGGAGUAUGCCCAACUUGGUCCAGCACCCCUCUGGUUCUAGUUACUCAUGUGACACCUCAUCACACUAUGCACCCAGUGCCUACUAUGUGGACAUGGAGCCUUACGCUAAUGGUGCCUACGUGUAUGAGAAUGACGUGGAGGGCCACUACAACGUCAACCCUUCCUACCAAAUAAAUGGGUACAAUGACAGAUACAGGACUUACAGCAGCGACCGGGCAGAUAGUAUUUCCCAGAAUCCCUACGCUACAGUGAGGCCGCCGCGAAACAGAGAGGGUCCCAGAAACGAGCUGUUGGCUAAGAACAUGCAGAAGGCCCUGGUGGCGGAGCAUCUGAAGGGCUGGUACCACCGAAGCAAGGGCCCUGGGGUUGGAGGGAGGGGGAUGCUUUAUGAUUUUGACAGCGGCUCUCAGCUCAGCCUGGGAUACCAGACCAUGCCAGCAGCUUUCAGCCACUCCAGCAGAACCACCUCCUUUUCUUCAGUGUCCUCAGUGGAAAGCGCAGGCAACUGGCGCAACCAGCUGGCAGUCGGCCUGACAGAUUACGAGACACCCGACACACCUCAGUACACACACCCUGCAGCGCCGGCUUCUCCGUACAACCGCAGUCCCUCACACAGCAGAUUUCACAUGGAUGGAAGCUACAUGGGCAUCCACUGAAGAGGACCAAACCAAACUUUGGCACAAACAAAGCCAUGGCCAGCAGCACAUGAAGGAGAAGAGGCUGAAACAUAGGCUGGACACACACUUUUUGUUUCUGCCUAAACCCUGUCUUGGAAGAUGUUUCGUGUGUUUUCAGCAGAGUCUAUGUGUACGCUGUCCUCAUGUUAAACCUCUGAACACAGUGAUGACACUCUUGAAUGACUUUUCCCAUGUGCCUUGGAUUGGAUGGAUUGUACAGGCAGAUGAGAAUGUGUCAAGGAACUUUAAGAUGUUGCACAACCACACUGGAUUCAAACCCUUUUGUGUUUUAAAGAG